UUGAAACCCUAACCCUAACCUCUCCCAUUCCCAGAAUUUUCCCCUUCUUCGAUCAUCAACGACCCUUCACGAAUCGUAGGAUCCAGGUGAAUCGUUGUUUUGGUUUCUCGUACAUGAUCGAUUUCAAUGAUUCUGUGUCAGAACUUCCGAAAUUCUUCGCGUGGAUCUUUUUGAGAGGAGCUUUCGAUCCUGGAGAUUUCGGAUCUGGCUGUUUUAUUUCGUUGUUGGAGGGUUUGUGAAAAAUGUCAAAUUUGUAUGGGGAUUACAACCAAAAGAUCGAUUACGUGUUCAAGGUCGUGUUGAUCGGUGAUUCAGCGGUCGGGAAAACCCAGCUGCUCGCACGGUUCGCGAGAAACGAGUUUAGCGUUGACUCGAAAGCCACCAUUGGGGUCGAGUUCCAGACUAAAACGCUCGUCAUCGAUAAUAAGACCGUUAAAGCUCAGAUUUGGGACACGGCAGGGCAAGAAAGAUACCGGGCAGUGACAAGUGCUUACUACCGUGGAGCAGUUGGGGCGAUGCUAGUUUACGACAUGACAAAGAGACAAUCCUUUGAUCACAUGGCAAAGUGGCUUGAAGAACUAAGGGGACACGCCGACAAAAACAUAGUGAUUAUGCUAAUAGGAAACAAGUGUGAUCUGGGAAGCCUAAGAGCGGUCCCGACCGAAGAUGCACAAGAGUUUGCUCAAAGAGAGAACUUAUUCUUCAUGGAGACGUCCGCCCUCGAGGCCACCAACGUUGAAACCGCCUUUCUUACCAUCCUUACGGAAAUAUACCGUAUUAUCAGCAAGAAACCUCUAACUGCGGGCGAUGAUGAAGCUGGUGGAAAUUCAAGUCUCUUGAAAGGGACUCGGAUUAUCGUCCCGGGCGAAAAGGCGACGGAAAAACGAGGCGGCUGCUGCGGCGGCAGAUCGUAAUUCUAUUUGACAGGAAAAAAAAGUUUUUCUACUGUAUUUUUCGUGAGGCUUUUUUUCUGUUCAUCAUUCUCUGAAAUUCACUCUUGUUAAUGAGAAAAAC